GAGCGAGGCGUGGGGCGCAGGCCGCGCGCGCCGCCCGCUGCAUCCCUGCCCGGAGCGCAGCCGGCGCGGGCGCGGACCGAGGCGAGCCAGUCCGGAGCCAGCGCCCGCCGCAGCAGCACCAGCUCCUGCCCUCCAGAGACCCCAGAGAGGGAGACCUCAGUCCCUGACCCCAUCACGUGGAUGGGAGCAGGAGCCAGCUAUGGAGAAGGACACAGCUGUGUCUCCACGUAACCCCUCCUGCAUGACACCAGAGCCACCUCCAGACACACACCUCAGUGCCUCAGUCUCUGUGCACCACCUGGAGAGCGGAGACCCGCCCCAGCCCCGGGAGGAAGUUAGCUCUUCAGGGGGCCAUCUGAGGACUGGAGUUUGAACUGCAAACCUGGCUUCAAGGCCUGCCUUUCUCUCUUUUUCAUUUAUACUCAUGCCUAACACAUUAGAGGAGACUGCUUUAUUUAUUUCUAGAAAAACAGCACUGGGUCAGUCAUUGAAGCCCCCUGAAAUUUGGACACCUUUUUAGGCUCUGUUGGGAGCCUGGAGCACUCAGUGGGUGGCGUCAUUAACACAUCAGGAGCUGGGAGAGGAGUGGCCAGGGCCCCCAGUCAGGGCUCCGAGCCGCAGGGCCGCAGGAUGGCGUCCAAUGGCACAGCCUCUUCCUUCUGCCUGGACUCCACCACGUGCAAGAUCACCAUCAGCGUGGUCCUCACCGUCCUCAUCCUCAUCACCAUCGCGGGCAACGUGGUUGUCUGUCUGGCUGUGGGCUUGAACCGCCGGCUCCGCAAUCUGACCAACUGCUUCAUCGUGUCCUUGGCUAUCACUGACCUGCUCCUCGGCCUCCUGGUGCUGCCCUUCUCUGCCGUCUACCAGCUGAGCUGCACGUGGAGCUUCGGCAAGGUCUUCUGCAACAUCUACACCAGCCUGGACGUGAUGCUGUGCACGGCCUCCAUCCUCAACCUCUUCAUGAUCAGCCUGGACCGGUACUGUGCCGUCAUGGACCCGCUGCGCUACCCCGUGCUGGUCACCCCUGUCCGGGUCGCCAUCUCUCUGGUCUUAAUUUGGGUCAUCUCCAUCACCCUGUCCUUCCUGUCUAUCCACCUGGGGUGGAACAGCAGGAAUGAGACCGGUAAGCACAAUCACACCACCUCCAAGUGCAAAGUCCAGGUCAAUGAAGUGUAUGGCGUGGUGGACGGGCUGGUCACCUUCUACCUGCCUCUGCUGGUCAUGUGUGUCACUUACUACCGUAUCUUCAAGGUGGCCCGGGAUCAGGCCAAGAGGAUCAACCACAUCAGCUCCUGGAAGGCAGCCACCAUCAGGGAGCACAAAGCCACAGUGACGCUGGCCGCUGUAAUGGGGGCCUUCAUCAUCUGCUGGUUUCCUUACUUCACCGUGUUUGUGUACCGUGGCCUGAAAGGGGACGACGCCGUCAACGAGGUGUUUGAAGCCGUCGUUCUGUGGCUGGGCUAUGCCAACUCGGCCCUGAACCCCAUCCUGUAUGCUGCCCUGAACAGAGACUUCCGCGCCGGGUACCGGCAGCUCUUCUGCUGCAGGCUUGCCAGCCGCGACUCCCACGAAACCUCUCUGAGGUCUAACAGCUCUCAGCUGUCCAGGAGCCAAAGCCGAGGACCCAGGCGGCAGGAAGAGAAACCCCUGAAGCUCCAGGUGUGGAGUGGGAUGGAAGCCAUGGCCCCCCAGGGAGCCACCGACAGGAAGCCAGCGCUGUCCUGCACCGUGUGCUCCAGCAACCUUCUGAGCUGCUGCAAGAGCCUCUGGGGGCACAGGUUCCUUCAGAGACACAUGGGAGGCCCGGUGGAGGAGCCAUCGGGGGAGCUGCUGUCCGAGGAGCCACUGAGGACACCACUCCAGGAAGAGAUGAGGACCCUGCCCUCCGAGGCUGUCUAGACCCGGCGCCAGGACACUGAAGAUAGUGCUCCCAGUCCCUAAGUUGUGACUCCUGGAGCCCCUAGGGACUCAACCCCCAAAGCCACUGAGGACGCACCCUAGCCUGAGUCUGCAGGCUCCCAGAGCACACAGCUGGACGCUGGGGUCCUGGGGCCUAGGGUG